CGAAUCCACUAUAGUUCACAGUAAAAUAACACCGCCUCUUUGUCGUUGCCACCCCUCUCUCUCUCCGCCUCUCUCUGCCUCUCUCUGCGAAGUCAAUUUUCUGCGACAUCGAUAAUGGCUGGAAGAGGCAAAACACUAGGCUCUGGAGCUUCAAAGAAAGCCCAAUCUCGUAGCAGCAAGGCCGGCCUUCAGUUCCCCGUCGGCCGUAUUGCCCGUUUCCUCAAAGCCGGCAAGUAUGCCGAACGUGUCGGCGCUGGAGCUCCAGUCUAUCUGGCCGCCGUCCUUGAAUACCUCGCUGCCGAAGUUCUUGAAUUGGCUGGGAAUGCUGCGAGGGACAACAAGAAAACUAGGAUUGUGCCCAGACAUAUUCAAUUGGCUGUGAGAAACGAUGAAGAACUGAGUAAGCUUCUCGGAGAUGUCACAAUUGCGAAUGGUGGUGUGAUGCCGAACAUUCACAACCUUUUGCUGCCGAAGAAAGCUGGCGGUUCAUCAAAACCUUCUGCCGAUGAGGAUUAGAUGAACAGAGCAGAGUUCAUUGUAUCGCUUGGAUUUAGUGCCUUUGUAUUAGUUUUGUUUUUAGUGUUCUAAUUAGGUGUUGGUGAGUCUGUACUAGUUGUUGUAUUCGCUGUAGUUUUUAGAUUUUCUUUGGUACUGUGAAUAUAAAACAAUCAAUCAUCCAUCUGUUUCACACCAAUGCUGAGAUCUACAUUCUUAAUAGAUGGAAUUAAUGAAACUUUUCUAUGUGCUGCCUUCUGUUACUCGUUCAUGUUUGAAUUCUUCACUUGCUUCAUUCAAUUUUAGGUGUAUGGAGGUGGUUGUGGUUUGUUUGUUAAGUUGUUGUGCGGGA